UCGUCCCCCUCUCGGGUUAGGUCAGGCUGCGACUCGCCACUGGGUAGAAGCUGCUCAGCCGGCGUCUGGACCCUCAUUCAUUCUUCACGGGCACGUUCUUCCGACGACUGCUGUCGACAUGGCGGAGGAGAUCACAAAAGGUGUGGAGCAGGUGUCCGUGGGUGAGCUGUACGUCUCAGACAAAUGCGGCAGCGACCAGGAUGGAGACGGCACGCAGCAGAAACCCUUCAAGACCCCGCUCAGAGCUCUGCAGUUUGCUGGAAAGGAGCCGUUCCCCGUCCUCUACGUGGACUCCCAGAAAGAGGACGAGCGCUGGGCGGUGAUCUCCAAGACGCAGAUGAAGAACGCAAAGAAGGCUUUUAACCGCGAGCAGAUGAAGAGCGACAGCAAAGACAAGAAGGAGGCCGAGGACGGCGAGAGGAGGGAGAAGAACCUGGAGGAAGCCAAGAAGAUCGUCAUCCAGAACGACCCCAGCCUGCCCGAGGGGGGGUGUUGUGUUAAAAUCCAUAAAGUGGAGGAGCAGAGAGGCCAGAGAGUGAAGGUGUUCGGAUGGGUGCACCGCCUCAGGAGGCAGGGAAAGAACCUGAUGUUCAUCGUGCUGAGGGACGGGACGGGCUUCCUGCAGUGCGUUCUGUCCGACAAGCUGUGUCAGUGCUACAACGGCCUGGUGCUGUCCACGGAGAGCACGGUGGCUCUGUACGGCACGGUGACGCCGGUCCCCGAGGGGAAGCAGGCGCCGGGCGGCCACGAGCUGCACUGCGACUUCUGGGAGCUGGUGGGCCUGGCGCCGGCGGGCGGCGCCGACAACCUGCUGAACGAGGAGUCGGACGUGGACGUCCAGCUCAACAACCGCCACAUGCUGAUCCGCGGCGAGAACGUCUCCAAGAUCCUGCGCGUGCGCUCCACCGUCACGCAGUGCUUCAGGGACCACUUCUUCGACCGGGGCUACUACGAGAUCACCCCGCCCACCCUGGUGCAGACGCAGGUGGAGGGCGGCUCCACGCUCUUCAACCUGGACUACUUCGGCGAGCAGGCGUACCUGACGCAGUCGUCCCAGCUGUACCUGGAGACCUGCAUCCCCGCGCUGGGAGACACCUUCUGCAUCGCCCAGUCCUACCGCGCCGAGCAGUCCCGCACCCGCAGACACCUGUCCGAGUACACUCACGUGGAGGCCGAGUGCCCCUUCAUCUCGUUCGAGGACCUGCUGUUCCGGCUGGAGGACCUGGUGUGUGACGUGGUGGACCGGGUGCUGAAGUCUCCCGCCGGGCCGCUGCUGUACGACAUCAACCCGAACUUCAAACCCCCCAAGAGGCCCUUCAAGAGGAUGAACGACACCGAGGCCAUCGAGUGGCUCCGGGAGCACGACAUCAAGAAGGACGACGGCACCUUCUACGAGUUCGGAGAGGGGAGACAUACACACACACACGCACAGACACACACACACACACACACAGCACGAGCUGCUGAGUGUUGAACACAGAACUGAUGAUAAAGUCCUUUAAUCAUUCACCCAUUCAUAAAAUCUCAAGUUGGCAUUUCCUUGCAGAGGCAGUGACUGGGAUUAUUUCCACGUAUAACUCAACAGAUUAACCAUAUUAUGACCAAGAUCUAUAUUUUAAAAUCAAGUGUCUCCUGUUGGUCAUGUAAAUAAUAUCACAGAGAAUCACGGACUGAAGGAGUGUUUUUU